AUGUUCGAUCCACUCUCAAACAACAACAAUAUUGACAGUAAAAAUGGAAAGACUGAAAAUACCGUCAGCGAUGAAGACGAACGGCCGAACUGGUCAAAUGGUGUUGAAUUUCUAAUGUCCUGCAUAUCAAUGUCUGUGGGUUUGGGUAAUAUUUGGCGUUUCCCAUUUACAGCAUAUGAAAAUGGAGGUGGAGCAUUUUUAAUUCCAUAUUUGGUGGUAUUGUUUUUGAUUGGCAAACCGAUGUACUAUUUGGAAAUGAUUAUGGGACAAUUUACUAGUAAAGGUUCUGUGAAAAUUUGGUCCAUAUGCCCAUCAUUUUUGGGAGUUGGUUAUGGUCAAGCUUUCGGAACAAUAUGUAUCGUUACAUAUUAUUCAUCAUUGAUCGCAUUGACUUUAUACUAUAUGGUCGUAUCGUGUCAAGCCGUUCUACCAUGGACCUAUUGCCGGGAAGGUUGGGAAAAUUGUGUAGAUUCUAUGCCCAAAGAGGAUAGCAUAAUACCAAACAACUCAUCCUAUAAAUUGACCAGUAGUUCCGAGUUAUAUUUUACUGAAAUAGUAACCAAAGAAAAAAGUCAAAUUGCCGAUGGUAUUGGUUGGCCAGAUUUAUAUUUGACGGCGACACUAUUUGUUUCCUGGAUUGUUAUAUUCCUCGUUAUACGCAAAGGUGUUAAAAGUUCCGGUAAGGCGGCAUACUUUUUGGCGCUAUUUCCAUAUGUCGUACUGGUGGCAUUGCUAGCUCGUGCCGUUACAUUGGAGGGUGCUGUCGAUGGUAUUAUGUUCUUUUUGGAACCGGAUUGGGAGCAGCUGUUGAAUUUAAAGGUUUGGAAGGAAGCUGUAGUCCAAUGUUUCUUUUCCCUGGCAGUUGGUGUUGGACCGAUUAUAAUGUUUUCAUCCUAUAAUCGUUUCGAUCAUCCAAUAUAUAGAGAUGCCAUGAUUGUAACCAGCUUGGAUACAGUGACCAGCCUACUGGCUGGUAUUACCAUAUUCGGCAUCCUAGGCAAUUUAGCACAUAAUCUAAAUAUUUCCGAUAUUAAAGAAGUGGUACAAAGUGGCACAGCUUUAGCGUUUAUAUCCUAUCCGGAUGCUAUUGCUAAAUUUCAGGCGGUACCCCAGCUAUUUGCUGUUCUAUUCUUUUUUAUGCUUUUCGUAUUGGGCGUCGGGUCAAUUGUGGCCCUACAGAGUACAAUUGUGACCAUAAUAUGCGAUCAAUUUAAAUCAUUUAAAUAUUGGGCUGUCGCCCUGAUUACAUCGAUAUGUGGAUUUAUAUUGGGUUUGGUUUAUGUGACACCGGGAGGCCAAUGGAUUUUGAAUUUAGUUGAUUUCUUUGGCGGAACUUAUGUCAUAUUUGCCUUGGCAAUUUUGGAGAUUGUUGGUAUUAUUUGGAUUUAUGGCCUACAAAACUUCUGUGACGAUGUUGAAUUCAUGACCCAUCGAAAAGUUUCAAUCUAUUGGCGUUUAUGUUGGUCUUUCUUGACACCGGUUAUGAUGUUGAUCAUAUUUAUCUAUUCCAUGGUAACCAUUGAGCCACUGACCUAUAAGAAAAUAGAAUAUCCCACGUCUGCCAAUGCUGCCGGUUGGGCAAUAUUUGUAAUUGGUGUCAUACAAUUCCCCCUUUGGGGAUGGUGGUAUAUCAAGACCCAUUACAAGGAUGCAUUUUGUAAUACUUUCAAAACAUCAUUGAAAUGUUCCGACGCAUGGGGACCUAAAAAUCCUGAAGUACGUGCCAAAUGGUGGGCCUAUAAGGAAGCACUUGCCGAAGAGCGACGAAAGAAACAGACGAGCAGUAAAUUGGGUUUCUUUAAACAAAAAAACAACACUACGCGACGUGAUCUGUCUUUACCACUAAUUGUUGGCGGCGUCAACGCUGACGUUUACGAUCACCGCCAGCAAGCAAGCGAACGCUGCCAACAAAACUUUGUGAUAUCAGAUUUGGAUGCAAGUGAGUGA